AUGGCCAAACACCGAAGUCGACCGACCAGGCGGAAGUACAGUAAGAUCGCUAAGGGGUUAGAAGCUUUAGAGAUAAAGGUGGCCGUUCAGAAUGCACCGAUUGCUGGCCUCGAAGAACAGAUGGCCCAGGUGCGGCGCGGGAGGAAAAGGAAAGUGGUACCGAACCCAAACCGACGAUUCAUAGCUCUGUCAGAGAAUCUAGCAGCUAGAGAAGCUCUUCCCGACUCACAGGAGGCAGAAAUAGAGAUGGCUGUGGAUGAGGAGGUCGAGUCGGUGAUUGAGGUGGGUGUCGGAUCAGAGGACGAACGUGAGGACUUUACGGUCGUAACAAAGCACUACCAGCGCACACGCAGCGGUUGGGAGGUCAGAAAGCCUCGCAGAGAGUAA